CGCGACGUUCCAUGCGACAUGGUGUGGGCGCGGAAGUCGAUCUUUCGAUUUGUAAAAAACCGAUCGACACCAAUCGACACGAGCCACUGAGGGCGCAUUUUAUCGUGCGAUUUCUCAUGUUUACUAAUAUAACGGGUGUCGUCUAACCAAUAAGGGAAAAAAGAAGGAAAGAAAUGGCUCUCUAUGACAAUCAACAUUGGCUGCUGUCGCACAUCAGGGACAGCUUUCUCGCGACUGACGACACAGGUAUGUGCGAUAUGGUGAUACUAGGGGAAGAUAUUCCUAAGCAAUUAAAAGAAAAUGGAACAUUGCAAUGUUAUCCUGGUAUGGAGGAGAGUGACGACGAGGAUUUGGAUGUAUUGGGGGAAUCAUAUGACAUACAAAUGGAUAUGGAAUUCAGUCAUAGACAGAGAUCCAACACUGCACAGAGACUAGAGAAGAUGGACAUAGAAAGGAAGAAAGCAGCUAAAGUUAAGCAUGUUAAAUGGGAACAUAAUCUUAACGCUGUUACACUUACAGAUCAAUCAGAAUUAUUUCAGAGAAAAGAUUUUCGUAGGAAAAUGCCACUGAAGAAAGGACAAUCUCUACUAUCAGAACAACUUGAAAAAUGUCCAAAUUUACCACCAAAUCCAUUUAAAGAAUACGCCAAGUUUGAUGGCAACGCGCAGGUAAGCAUCCCUGUAAGGAAGUACAGAAUAUUUAUGUGCAUGUUACCAAAGGAGGAAAGGAUGUAUCCACUCCAAAUAGUGGUGACAGUGACAGCACGAGUAUUGGACUUUGUUGGAUUGAUUUGUUAUAAAUAUGCAAGUGAACAUCCCGAGCAUAAUUUGAAGGAAGACAUCUCACGUUAUGGACUAUAUAUUACCGAAGAUGAUGGUGAGAUAGAUUCAGCUUUUCCCUGUUUGGAUCCACGCGAGAUUAUUUCCAAAUUCGAAUUCACCACACUGGGCCUGAUCGAGAUGAAACCGAGCGAUAGAGCACGGUAUAACGCAGUCAGUUGUGUCGAGAAAAAAACUGAAGAAGAUCAGGAGGGUAAAGACAAGGAGCAGGAAGAGGUUGCAAAUGAUCUGGCCAAGAUGGAAGGUCAUACCACUGCAAUGGAGGCGCCAUUGUAUCAAUCAUAUAGGGUACAUAUAAUUAAUAAGAUGCGAGCGAAAACUGAGAUUCAUUUAGGUAUAUCGGGCGAGAAGAUAGAAAUAGACCCUGUAAUAACGAGUAAAGGUGCUGGCAGAUUCUGGAAUAGACAGAGAGCAGUCAGCUAUCACAUAGACAACAUCGCUUGGUGUGAAGUGACAGAAACUAAAGGGUCCAAAACUAUGUUCACAUUGGUUUAUACUCCACAAUCUAGCGCUCCGGAUAGUUUUCUGAGUCAAAGUCAUUCGCUUCAUCAAUCGGCAUCCUUUAAGAAUCACGAUUUCGAGGCGGAUUCGGUGACGGCCGAAGAGAUCGUACGAAAGAUCAAUCAUAUUCUAGAACUACAUAGCAGCCAAUCCAGAAAGGAAUAUCUUGCACAAAAAGAAAGGAAAGCAGCGAGAAGAAAAAGUUUUCAUUUGCAUAGAUGACAGCUCUAUUGGUUAUUUUGUACAAUCUUAGAUUAUUUGAAACAUUAGCAAGUAUUAGCAUACCACCGAACGUGAUCUUAAAAUCAGCAAUGUCUUCAUAUGAAUUAAAACUCAAUAUCUCGAAUCUCGUUGACAUGCCAGAAAUGGCGGAAAGUAGACAGUCUUCUUUGUAUAUUCCAAUAAUAUAAAAUUUAAUGUAAUGUCAAUGUAAA